UCGGCCAUCGCUCACAAUCUCACGACUCAUUUGAAACAACUUCCUCGUCGACCUAGACCUUGCUUCCAUCUUCUUCCCUACUUUCCCCCCCAGAUCCUGGCCCCUUAUGCUACCAACAAGUUCCAGGCCUUCGGGAUUCCAGCUCACAGGGCAGGGCUCCCACCAUCAAAGCCACGGAUGCAGGAUUCGAUCCGAGCACCAUCCUUCCACUCCAACUCAGCUCCGCUGAAUGCCAUCUCAUCUAAGCUCAACCCCAACAUCCCAGUACAAAUGCUCACUAUGGUUAACAUGCAAGCAUCCUUGCCGCAAACUAGACCAACUAGUCUAACAAUAAUUGUCCAUCAUCAUUGCCGAUAG